AUGAGCGCUGAACAAGCUGCCGCUCAGGCGGCUGUCGCUGCUGCGAACACUCCACAGCAGCCCCAGGGCACUCCGCAACAGACUGCCUCUACUCCCGCCUCUGUCGUUAACUCUUCUGGCGACCAGCUUGUCUGCCAGUGGCAAAGUUGCGGCGAGCGUCUCCCUUCUGCUGAGCAACUCUACGAUCACGUCUGUGAGCGUCACGUUGGUCGCAAGAGCACCAACAACUUGAACUUGACCUGCCAGUGGGGCAACUGCCGCACCACGACGGUCAAGCGAGACCACAUCACUUCUCACAUCCGUGUUCACGUGCCUUUGAAGCCGCACAAGUGCGACUUCUGCGGCAAGGCGUUCAAGCGCCCGCAGGAUCUGAAGAAACACGUCAAGACUCACGCUGAUGACUCUGUCUUGCUUCGCUCACCCGAGCCCAACCGCGGCGGACCUCACGGCGCCGGCGGCUACCCUGGCCAGAACGGUAAACUUGUCGCUGACUUGCAGGCGCUUGCCGCUACAGCGAGUGGAUAUCAGUAUCCUGAUGGCGCGCUUGGCCCCAAUGGCAGCUAUGGCCAGCAACAUCCCGGUGGUGCCCCUGCCGGCUUCUACGGCGGACCACCUCAAAACUCUGCUUACGGCCCCGUCUAUUAUGCCGUCAACCAGUCUCAACAGUUGAACAACGACUACGAGAUCCGUAAGCGUGCAGCAUAUGAUGCGUUGAACGAAUUCUUCGGCGACGCUAAGCGUCGUGCCAUUGACCCGUCAACCUACUAUGAUGUUGGUCAAAGACUCAUGGGUCUUCAAGGAGUUCAGCUUCCAGUCCUCGGCGGCGGUGGUGGUGGCUACCAAAGCGGUGGCAUGUCCGACUACGGCCAUGGAGGUUCCAUGGUUGCUCAAGCGACGCACCCCCCGAUGCAUCACCCAUACUCAUUGCCCCUGCCCAACCUCAGGACGAAGAGCGAUCUCUUGAACAUCGACCAGUUUUUGGAGCAACUCCAAAGCACCGUUUAUGAGAACCCCAACCAGGCUGCAGCCGCCGGCGUGCACCAGCCUGGCGCACACUACGUCCACACUGGUGCCGGCUACCGCUCAAGCCACUCACCGCCUGGCCUCUCCUCCAGCCACUCACAGUCCUCCCAUGCGACUGCAAUCGGCUCCACCACCGCUGAGACCCCUGCUCUCACCCCAGCAUCAAGUGUUAUGUCUUAUGGCUCCCAGCACUCUCCUGGUGGUCACCACUCUGCAAGCAACGUUUCGCCUACUUCAAGGACAAACAUUGGUAGCAUGUACCCCACGCUCCCCUCUGUUAGUGCAAUGUCAGAUAUGUCAGCUGCUGCUCCUUCAUCUGGGCUUGCACCUGCUUUCGACGCUGAUGGCCGUCGUCGAUUCUCUGGCAACCUGCUGCAAAAGGCUGCCCCAGACCGACGCAGUGGUGAGGACAUGGACACAUCAAGCGAUGGCCCAUCUCCCAAGGACGAGGACAACCUCCAUCACAACGUCAAUCAGCUGGCCCUUCACUCGCCCAAGGUUGAUCCUGCCCUGCGAUCACCAAGCGUAGUUUCAGAUUCCACUGAGACGGGCGACUCGUCUCAGCAAUCAUGGGUUGAGAACAUCCGCGUUAUCGAGCGCCUCCGAGCUUACCUCAAGGAGAGACUCGAAUCUCAUGAUUUCUCGGAUGAAGAGGAUGAAGAUGCCAAAGAGGAACGCCGCAUGGAGGACGAUGAUGCGCACAGCCUGUACCCCGUAUUACGUGCGGUUCAAGAAGGCCGUGAGUAGAGUGUUUUUCAACUUCGAGCAUGUCAUACCGCGGUACGAACUUGCAUGGUGUUUUGAGGGGCGUUCAGGUGUCAUCCACGAUAGGUCUUAGUCGCUCCUGCGGGAGACGAACUUCAUGUAGGUGGGAAUGUCUAGGCGUAUUGUGGAAGCGAUGUUGCUUUGGUAUGUUGGUUACGCCUUGAUGGCUGGACGUUUUUCAGCGAGCCGUCCACAGAUAUUAGUGUGCAAUUUCAUGAUUCCCCAUUGU